AUGUGCCACACCAGCUGCCACACAGGCGGCCAGGCUGGCUGCUGCUCGCCCAGCCCUUGCCAGCCAGCUGUGUAUGUACCCGUGAGCUGCCAGGCGCCCUGCUGGCCUGUGAGCUGCAAACCCAUGGUGUGCAUGGCUCCCUCCUGCCAGUCCUCCGUGUGCCUGCCUGUGAGCUGCAAGCCCGUCGUGUGUGUGGCCUCCUCCUGCCAGUCCUCUGGGUGUGUCCAGCCCUCCUGCCCCACCCUGGUCUGCAGACCCACCUCCUGUGGCAUCCCUUCCUGCUGCUGA